UUUGUUUUCCGCGUGAUGCUGCUCUUCUCUUCAAAGCCGAGGAAAGUCAGGGGCUCAUGUGUCAACAUCCAGGGUUUCCCCGGGGAGGAAUAGCAUUAGCGUUAUUCCAAAUAAAGAAAAGCAAAACAAAACUCAAAAACGCCUGAUGUUGCUUUGAAGAACCUUUUAUUUUUGUUAACAAAUUACUCCUCGGAAGUAUCGGGGUUUUUUUUUACUUCAAAGACUAGAAGACGACCUAAGGCUCCUGCUGCUUUGACGUUAGCUAACGUUAUUUUAAAGGAUGACAGAGUACAAAGUGCGAAUAGCGUCUCCAGUCAUUUAAUAACAUCUGGGGAAACGUUAGCUUAGCCAGCUAGCCUGGUAGUUCGAUUAGACAGAGGAAAGGCGGCGAAACACACUGCUGACAUGAUGUUUCCUCAAUCGAGGCACUCGGCAUCCUCUCAGUCCAGCCAACCUCUCAAGUUCACCACCUCUGAUUCCUGUGACCGCAUCAAGGACGAGUUCCAGUUCCUCCAAGCACAGUACCACAGUUUGAAGCUGGAGUGCGAUAAGCUGGCUUCUGAAAAGUCAGAGAUGCAGCGUCACUAUAUCAUGUACUAUGAAAUGUCCUACGGGCUGAACAUUGAAAUGCACAAACAGGCUGAAAUAGUGAAGAGACUAAAUGGGAUCUGUGCUCAGGUGCUGCCUUACCUGUCACAGGAGCAUCAACAACAAGUCAUGGGCGCUAUUGAAAGAGCCAAGCAGGUCACACCUCCUGAGAUGAACUCCAUCAUACGUCAACAGCUUCAGGUGCAACACCUGUCCCAGCUUCAGGGCCUGGCUUUGCCAGUAGCCCCGCUUCCCCUGGGCCUCACCCCACCCACUCUGCCCGCCGUCUCCUCCAGCUCCGGCCUGCUGUCCCUCUCCUCCAUCCUGGCCAACUACUCCCACGGCCAGCCCCCGGUAGCGAAGGAGGACAAGGCCAGAGAUGUCGCAGAGAGAGCACCUAGAGGGGAUGAUGGAGACAAGUCAGACUAGUGCAGAAAGAGCGAGGAGGUUUGGAGAGGGAUGGUAUGGGGUGUAAUAAAUGUCACAAAAAAAGGAAAGGGUGUCUGGAGGCCUGUCUACUGAGUGUCAAUGUAGAAGAGUAAUUGCAAGGAUGAUUAGCAAAAGGACCGAGCUUAAACUUUUGUAAGUGCUGAAGAUGAAACUCCUGAAUGGCUGAGAGUAAAUGUUCUUAUUAUUUAGUGGUAAUAGACUUGGUUCAGGCUUCUAGACUUUAAUAGAUGUGUGGGGUUUUUAAAAAAAGAAAUUUUGUUCAAGCCACUGUUGUUAGGCUUAAAUCAAGAUAAAUGUUUUCCCAUUUGGAGAGAGAGCUAAGAAGGAAACACAAUAGCAGUACCCUGGUAGAUAACCGUCAGAUUUAUUUUCUCUUCCAUUUUUUGUUAUCAGAUCUGUUUAGUGUUUAUUUCCACGUCCUCUGUAGUCCCUCUGAUUGAGUCUCAAUGCAGUCUGCCAGUCAUAAAAAGCAGUUUUAACAACUCCACUCCGCACAUACUGCUUCGCUGUUGCUCACGACUUGCUAAAAUGAAAUCAUCUUUUUCCAAAACGUUAACUGGAGCAGUUUUGUCAGUAAUUCCAUUAAUUUACUCUGUUAAGUGUUAUGUUCUUCAUUAUUCCCAACCGUUGGAUGCAUUACCAGAGCUGUGUGCGCAUUAGUCCCACAUAAAUCAAGUUGUGUUUUUUUUAAUUUCAGAAAGAUCGUUGGUUUGUACAAAUGGUAAAGUAGCCAACUUGGAAGUUAAUAUGUAGUAGGUAGGCCUAGCUGCCCCUGUGAGCUCCACAUGGGAUGUGGACCAUUGACAAAAGAUCAUGGACCCCGCGUCUUUAAAUGAUAAGAAUAGAUGCUCUGAAAAACCCCCCAACUCAUCUUGUUUUUGUAAACUGAGACAGGUUCUUAUAAAACAUAAAGAUUCCUGUGUGUUAGAGUGAAUGUGAUUGGAAAGAAGAAAACACUUUAACUUUACUUUUAAGCACCUUUUGUGUUCUCCUUUGACCCCCCCCCCCUUGUUCCUGCCCUUUCCCCCUGCGGGUCCACAAAAUUGAUCCCAAAAUAGGAUCUAAAUGUUAAAACAGUGUGGUUUUGACAUACAGCCAAGCGUUGUGUUUUUAUAGGUUAGCAGAGCUUUUUAGUUUUAGCUGAGAUUGCGUUAAGUACCACCUUUCUUUUUAUCUGUGACUACACAAACCUGACAUUCUCAGCAUUUUGAAACACGAGCUGUAUUCCAACCACAUACUUACUGUCUUCAUUAUACACUAUGGGUAGCAAGCUUUUCAUGUAGGUAAUGUGCAAAAAAAUUUAAUAUGCUGUUUUUGUAUUAAUGAGAGUGACUUCUUUUAGCUUUGUUACCAUCAUGGAGAUGUGGUGAGAUUUUGUUUUCGGCUUUUUCUACCUGUGAUCAGCUCCCACGUAUAAUUUCUUGUUGUUGGACAGUCAUUUCCUCCCAGUUUUGUUUGAAUUCUGACAAAUGUGAUUAUUGAACAGAGCUGUAAUUCACUUUCAUUAUUAUUGUUAUUAUUAUUAUUAUUAUCAUUAAUAAUAAUAAUAAUAAUAAUAAUAAUAAUAAUAAUAAUAAUAAUAAUAAUAAUAAUAAUAAAGAUGAGCAGUAUAGCUUUAAAUAGCUUUAUCACCUUUAAUAUAAAUAAGGAUGUUAUGUACAAAUAGCAAUUAACCGUUUGACUCAUUCAUUAAUAUAGAUUAUUAAGAUAUCAAAAUGUUAUUGUUGAAAGAAGCAUGAUUAAAAUGAAUUGGAUCUGCAGUGUUAAAGAGCAGCAGUUCAGCUGACCACUUCCAACCAGUCACAUGAAGGUCAAACUAAGCAUCAGAAUGGGGAGGAAAGGUGACCGUGAACGUGGCACGGUUGUUGGUGUCAGAUGGGCUAAACUGAGUAUUUCCAAAACUGCUGUUCUACUGGGAUUUUUCCCAGAGUACUGCGCGUUUACUUUAUUCAAACGCCCUCCAGAGAAACCAGAUCUCAAUCCAAUAGAGCAUCUUUGGGAUGCAGUGGGACGGGACGUUCGUGUCCUGGAAGUGCAGCCGACAAAUCUGCAGCAGUUGUGUGGUGCUGUCAUGUCGAUGUGGAUCAUAAUCUGUGAGCAGAGUUUCCAGCUUUUUGUUAAAUCAAUGACAAAUGUUCUGAAAGCCAAAGGUAUUCCAACCUAAUACUAGCAAGGUGUACCUAAUAAGGUGGCUGGUGAAUGUAAUUUGAAGUGGCUUACAAUUACUAUAAUAUGUUUUAAAUGUAGUGUAUUGAUGUUGGAAACAUCAGGAGGCAUUCUUUGGUAGUUUAGCCAUGUUAGACUAAUUUAGACUAAAAGUUGAUCAGUGUUAAACGAUAACAGUAAAAUGAAUCUUUAGUAAAUACGAUCCAGGCUACACACACUCAACAACUCCAAACCUGCUAGUUUAGUAGUGCAGGUUCAGGCCUAGAGGUAAAAGCAGACUGUUGGAUUUUUAUGUUGUUAUAUCUGAAAAGGAGCAGCUGCUCACAGAUGUUUUCAACUUUAACCGAUAAUAAUAGGGAAAUGAUUCAAGUGACAUCUAAGAAAAUGAAGAUGACCGUUUUCGAAAAUGCUACCCAGGAGGUUAUAUGCGUGUUGAUAAUUUCCCAUUUUUGUGAUCUUAUAUAUGAAAACUUGUAUGCAUAAUGUUUGCAGUUGGUAUGUGGUAUAAAACUGGUGAACAGCUCAAGUUUAUGGCUGAGAAAUGUUCAUUUUUUAGGCAGCAGAGGGCAGCAGUGCUCUUCCAGUGAUUUAUUAUGGGUUAUAAAAAGCAUGGAAACAGCCCCAGGUUUAUCUGUCUUAUUCAGUCACAUUAUUGCUUUCCUCUCUUUUCGUUUUUAUGAUUGUAUGCUGACCACAGGUACACUGCAGGUGUGUCAGCUGUCCCCCCCCCCCCCC